AGCUAUGGUGUUUCGCUGCUAAGCACAAGGUCAAGGAAUCAAAGGCCGGCGGUGACGCGCAUUUCGAUAAGGGUGGAACGCAAUAACACCGCUGUGGUGUGCAAUGAGCCCACGUUAAAGAACCUCAUGUAGACCAAAUUAAACCGCAGUCCCCCGCUGCUGCGUGCCUCGUGGCUUUGGCGCGUAAAACCGCAGAGUUUUUGAAUGGGCUAUUUCUGCCAGCGCACUUUUUUUUUCCGUGCACACGCGCGCGAGCGAGAGGGAGAAAGAAGAAGAAAGGAGGAAGGAACGUGUCACGCAGGCACGAUCGCAUGCUGUGAGCGUUCUCCGACAUCUUUGUUUCGCAGACACACCCUUCAUUUAGCAGGCUGCGCCGCAAGUACCCGCCGUUUCGCCGUCGCCUGCUCUUAUUUAACCAUGAGCAAGACUUUGUCCAAGACCAUCUACAGACGUCACGGCUCCCACACGAGGACACCUGAGCAACCUGCGCUGCAACCGAAAGGGAUACCCGUAAUAUCACCAAGGCCGAAUAGGCAGCCAAAGCAAGGCCAUCCGAACCAGCAGCAGGAGUCCGCGCCCGAAGAGCUCUCGGUCUUCGACACUAAGUCGACGCCCUUCUCUCUUUCCGAUGGAGUACGCCUGCCCUCGCCCACGUCGUCCAGAGUGCGCCGUGAAAUCGACAUCUCGACUUCGCACUCGUCCACGAUCGCUCCGUCGAGAGCGAACGAAUCAGUGGACUUCCAGCAGGCGCAGUUCGUACACAUACCGCCGGCGCUGCGCGACAGCAUGUCGCCACAGCAGCGCGAGGUGUACCGGGACUUCCAGCAGGAACCAUCGGCGUUCUCCAGCUCUCGCCAGUUCAUGAUCCCCCGCGAGAAGUUGCAUGACCCUGAGGUUCGGGCCUCGCUGCGCGCCUACGUCGAGUCCGUCAUCGAGCAGGCGGUCGAGUGCGCCAAGGUCAUCACCACCUGUGCCCUCAGGGAGUCGCAGUCACGGCCCAGCACUCUGCACAAGUGGGAUCCCAAGGCCAGCGUCCGAAACGUGCCCCCUCCACCGCUGCUCAACCUCCCCACGGUGACGCUGGAGCGAGCGGGUUCCCGGGACGAGGUGGUGGUGAUGGACUCCGAGACGACGGCCGGCUCGCACCGGCGCGAGCUCCGGGGGCCCAAGAUGCGCUUCCUGUCUCGCCUCAUACCGAGCCGGCUCAAUCAGAGCCACCCGGGCUCGCUCAGUCAGAGCCUGUUCGAGAAAGACGAUGAGCGCAGCCACAUGAGCAUGAGGUCCAAGCUCUCCAGCUGGAAGACGUUCUCCGUCUUCUCGCAGAUGGUGGAGAAGCCGCGGCUGGAGAGCCUGCGCGAGUGGUCCUUCUCGAGGAUAGUCGUCAUCGACAUUCUGCGCACGCGCAAGCAGGACCUGGUCUGCAGCGCCCGGCACACCUUCUCUGGAGAGUGGGCCAUCCUCAAGAUCGUCUGGAAGAGGCGUUUCAGAUCGAAAAAGGCUGACAUCACCCGAGAGCGCAGGGUCUGGGAGUCCGUGUCUGACUGCCAGUUCGUCGUGGGCCUCAAGGCAUAUUUUAAAACGCCGCAAUGUUACUGUUUCGUGGCCGAGUACUACGAGGGAUGCACACUCCAAUCGCUUCUCGAAGAAGGCGCGCUGAGAGAUGACGUCAUCGUGAACAUCGUCGCCAACGUCACAUACGCGCUCAAGUACAUCCACGACCGAGACAUGAUGUACCGCAACAUCUCGCCGACGACGAUCCUCAUCGACAUGACCGGCAUCGCGCGACUCUUCGACUUCGCCUUCUGCUCCGUUGGCAAGACGUCGAGCAGCCGGGUUGGCUCGAUACCCUAUAUGGCGCCGGAAGUUCUAAGGAUGGAAGUAUACGAUCGCACAUCCGACUACUGGUCGCUGGGCAUCCUGGCGUACGUGCUGUACGUCCGCCACACGCCAAUGUCCAUCUACUCGGCGAAAACCAACCUGGACCACUGGGUCGACAGGGACUACAUGUACCAAUACGCUGAAGUGGUCCCCAUUACCCUGCCCAAGCACAUGCCUCCGCAUGCAAAAAGCCUUAUAAGUGGACUCCUAGUUGAGAGACCUCGGCUUCGUCUGGGCUGUCGCUCAACGGGCUUCUACGAAGUGAUGAAGCACCCGUUCUUCCGCCAUGUCGACUGGGACAGCUUCACCAGAGUGAAAGGCCUCUCGGGCCGAAAUAUCCCGAGGGGGUACCAGUCAUUGUGAUGUCGAGCCAACGGGUGCGAAUCGCCCAAGAGAGCAAACUGACAUCGACGUGUGCAUUCCGUGUCUCCGAAGCAUCAUCAUCAUCUACAUCAUCCUCAUGUUCGCCCUUACUUCAACGUCUUUUGCGACCUGUGCACCUGCCGUAUUACCCUAUAGCACGUGUCGUACACUCAUGUGUCGUGGCACAUGACACGCCCAAUUUAGUGUGCCUGCACUGGAGAACGCCAUUGUCCUUCCGAAACGAGGAAUCACGAGGUUCCAUCCGUUGGUCCCACCUGGUGUUGCGUAUUGUUGUAAUGAGCUAGGGGGACAGCGUAUACCCGCCGCAUAACGCACACUCGCUAAUUACAUUCAGCAGUCUGCACCACCACGUCACCGUAGCGAAAGAUGUUCCGCGUUCCCAUAUACGAACGAAAAGUGACGGUAAAGUUGCUAUUGUCGACUUCGCUGAAAGUUAGCGGUUGAAGGGUAUUGACAACGUGCUCGUGAGUGCACAUUACUAUGCACAGGUUGCGUCGUGUUAUCAAAUAUAGGAAAAUCGUCACGUUGCA